AGCGGCUCCGGUAACUCUCCAGGUAUUUACAGGGAGGCGGCAGUGGGUACAUGACGUGGAGGGGGGACGGAUGAUGGAGCAGUGGGUACAUGACGUGGGGAGCACUGCUGAUACAGUGAGACUGGAUCUCCGAUGACGUCACCCGGGUUUCCUCAUCCGCCUGCAGUGGAGCUGCGCACACAUGACUUUGAACGGGAAUCCAGAAAUUUGAUUUCCCAGGAACUUCAUUGUACGGCGUUGGGCGAGUACUGCCGUACGCACCGGAUCCCGCGUGCGCUGCGCUCACGUUUACGGCCCACGCUCUUUAGGGAGGAUGAGUCCUACUGCAAGCAAUUUGAGAAUAUUCUGAACAAAUGUUCCUUCGACUUAAUGGUUCUGACCAUCGAUUACCUGCAGAAGUCCAUCAAGGAGACGAGGGAGAAGGUCUGCACCAUAGAGCGCCAGUUAUCGGCCCGUCUGCCUGCAGAGGACUGGCAGUCUCUGAAAGCGGGGAUGGAGAAAGAUCUGACCGAUUUCCGAAAGGAAGUGGAGAAGAAGGUAAGGGAGACCUUCCUCCAGGAUACAGAAGACUACCAGCUCAAGCGCGUCUACAGGUGGCAGGAGCCUCCAUCGCGUUACUUCAGGAGCUCGAGCAGCGGCUCCAGGAGAGGAGAUCCCUGCCUGGUGAGGCAGCAGGAGACAUCGCAUCGGUCCAGGUCCCGCCCCUGCAGACCACUCCGCACACAUCCAGACUCUAUGCCAGAUCCGAGAGGCCUGGAGCGGACCCCGGCGAGCUGCGUUUCUCUGUCUUAUAAGAAGAGUCGAGUUGGGUGUACUGGAGGGUCCGUGGGAGUCGUGCUGGAGAAAUCAAAAAGUGAUAAGAAAACUCCCAGAAGCCAUGAAGCAGUGGAUAGUCCUCUGGCUGGAUCAGAGUCAUCGCACCGUGAUAUAAAAAGUAUCUUAAUAUUAAGAGAAAGCCAUACACACAAUAAUGUCACCACCGCUCCGUCACAAAUUGAUAAGGAGAUUGGCAAACAGCAUAGUAAUCCCAGAACAAGUGAUAAGAGUAUGGAGAAACUGGGGCAGCGAGGUAGUCCUUCUGAUACGAAUGUCAAGAACAUUUGUAGACCGUCUAGAAAAAGCACAGAAUCCAAAGCUCGAAGUGGUGGGAAAAGAUCAGUGUCCACCAGGGACCACAAGAAACCAUUGGUCACUUAUCCUGGAAAGAGACCUUGUACCUGUGCUUCUGUCAGCAGUGGGGCUGGUGGAGCAAAUGGUGUCUCUGACAGGUCUGCGGAUCAGCAUCCAGAGACGGUCUGCGCUUUUGGGGGAAGUAAUAAAUGUCGAAGCAGUGACAAGCCAGGCUCGGAGGUGUGCGGAGGAGCCGCGGUGCCCGCCGUGUACAGUAUGAUCAGGUCACUGCCUGGCACAGAUCAGCAUUGUGCAAAUAGCAAUAAAUGCAAGACCUCGCGUGUGUCCGGGAGUAAGCGGGCUCGUAACUGCAAGCUGGCCAAAAAAUCUUUAAACCGGAAAGGUGGAGCUUUAUUUCAAAAGGUUUCAAGAAGGUUUCAAGAGUGCAAAAAAUGCAGAAAAAAAUUCUCUGUAGUGGUUAUCAAAAGCAGACGUCGCCGCGGAGCAGAAGUGUCACGAUGGCUUGUACGUUCAUGUGGUACCAGCCAUAGUAAGACAUGUACCGAAUGCAAGAAGAUGAUCCACGACAGAAGGCUCUCAUCUGGAAAGGAAGCGUAUUCCUGCACCGAGUGUGGAAAGCGCUUUCUGCAGCGCGCGCUGCUCGAUCUUCAUCAGAAGAGCCACGUCGAAGAGAAACUCUUCUUCUGUGCUCUCUGCGGGAAGCGCUUUGUGCAGCAAUCGCUGCUGCUCUUACAUCAGAAGACGCACACAGUCAACAAACCGUAUCGGUGCAUGGAGUGCGGGAACCUGUUCUUCAGGAAGGCAUUAUUUACAGAGCAUCUUAGGACCCAUAAAGAAGCAAAGCCAUGUCGUUGCUCUGAUUGCGGCAAGUGUUUUGCAGACAACACCACACUUGUUAUACACCAGAGAAUCCACACAGGAGAGAAACCAUUCAGCUGCCAAGAGUGCGGCAAAAGCUUUAGUCAGCACUCGACCCUGGUGUCCCACCAGCGGAUCCACAGUGGUGAGAAGCCGUAUGAAUGCCGCGUGUGCGGGAAGCUAUUCCGAGACCGCUCGUCCUUGGCUUGUCAUCAGAGAAUCCACAAUGGCGAGAAACCCUUCAAGUGUCAGGAGUGCGGCCAGAGGUUUACACAAAGCUGCAACCUGCGCAGACAUGAGCGCCUGCACAUGGGACAAAAACCGUAUGUCUGUAGCAAGUGUGGAAAAGCUUUCAACGAGUCCACAAAGCUAAAAUCCCAUGAAAACGUUCAUCUAAAGAAAGAAAGGAAAGAGGCCCAGAGGACAAAAUGAAGCCUGUGAGAGGAACCGAUUUGUGUCAGACAUAAAUGUAAUGGAAAU